AUGGAAAGAUUUCCUUUUUCUCGCGGCCUACAGGACGCACUUUACAUUAUCGCAUUUCCCUUCUGCCCGGUGGUGUUCGAUUCCUGUCCUCCCUGUUCCUGUUUCCUCCUCCAGCACGCUUUCUUCUCCCUCCAAAGCCCCUGCUUUCCCCCACUUUUCAUGACCUGUUGGUAGGUUUCUGGAGGUUUUAUGGCGACUCUAGAGGAUCUGGGCGUCUCGGCCUUCAUCAACAUCGUUGGCGCCUUCGCCUUCCUCAUCCUGUUUGCCGUCCUGCGGAUUCAGCCCAUCAAUGACCGUGUCUAUUUCCCCAAAUGGUACAUCACCGGCGGCCGCAACAGCCCCCGGGUGCGCGGCCGUGGGGUCGGCAAGUUCGUCAAUCUCAACCUGCGCACUUACUUCACGUUCCUCAACUGGAUGCCCGGGGCGCUCAGGAUGAGCGAGUCGGAGAUUAUCCAGCACGCCGGCCUGGAUUCCGCCGUCUAUCUUCGGAUCUACAUUCUCGGGUUAAAGAUUUUUGUGCCGAUAACACUGCUCGCCCUGUUGAUUCUCAUUCCAGUUAAUGUAUCUGGUGGGACAUUAUUAAAUCUCAACAAAAAGAUUAUGUACAGUGACAUUGAUAAACUUUCAAUUUCAAAUGUUAAUGCCGGAUCUCAAAGGUUCUUUAUUCACCUGUUGAUGGCGUAUUUGUUCACACUAUGGACGUGUUACAUUCUCUACAAGGAAUAUGACAAUGUGGCAUUUAUGAGAUUACAUUUUCUGGCAUCACAAAAUCGUCGUGUUGAUCAGUUCACCGUAGUAGUCAGAAAUGUGCCACAUGUUUCCGGACAUUCCAUAUCAGAAAGUGUUGAACAGUUCUUUCAUAGGAACCACCCCGACCACUAUCUAGGCCACCAGGCUGUCUACAAUGCAAAUAAAUUUGCUAAGCUUGUCAGACAGAAGGAGAGACUCCAAAAUUGGUUAGACUAUAACCAGCUGAAAUUUGAAAGACAACCUGAGAAAAGGCCAACUACUAAGAGAGGAUUUCUUGGCCUUUGUGGUGAAAGAGUGGAUGCAAUCAACUAUUAUAGAGAAAGGAUCAGCGAACUUGAUGAAAAGAUAGCAUAUGAACGCCAACGAAUUCUUAAAGACCCGAAGGCUGUCAUGCAAGUAGCAUUUGUUACGUUUGAUUCAAGAUGGGGGGCUGCAGUAUGUGCACAAACACAACAAAGUAAGAACCCAACUAAAUGGUUAACAGAAUGGGCACCUGAACCACGUGAUGUAUACUGGGAAAAUCUGCCUAUACCAUUUGUUUCUCUCAGCAUUCGGAGGCUCAUAAUAUCAAUAGCAGUUUUUGCACUGGUUUUCUUUUAUAUGAUACCCAUUGCUUUUGUGCAAUCACUUGCAAAUCUGGAGGGUCUUGAAAAAGUUGCUCCUUUUCUCAGGCCAGUUAUUGAAAUAAAGGUGAUCAAGUCCUUCUUGCAAGGUUUUCUUCCUGGUCUGGCUUUAAAAGUUUUUCUAUACAUUCUUCCAACAGUUCUGAUGAUUAUGUCAAAAGUGGAAGGCUACUUGUCAUUGUCAUCACUUGAAAGGAAGGCAGCAGCUAAAUAUUAUUAUUUUAUGUUGGUGAAUGUUUUUUUGGGAAGCAUCAUAACCGGAACAGCCUUUGAGCAACUUUAUUCAUUCAUUCAUCAGCCCCCUACCCAGAUUCCAAUAACCAUUGGAGUAUCAAUACCAAUGAAAGCUACAUUCUUUAUGACCUACAUAAUGGUUGAUGGUUGGGCUGGCAUUGCAAGUGAGAUUCUUCGACUUAAGCCACUUGUUAUUUAUCAUCUUAAAAACAUGUUUAUAGUGAAAACUGAGAGGGAUCGAGAAAAGGCUAUGGACCCUGGGAGUAUUGAUCUUCCGGAGAACCUCCCAUCAUUGCAAUUAUAUUUCCUUCUUGGGCUUGUUUAUGCUGUUGUGACACCGGUUCUUCUUCCCUUUAUACUAGUAUUCUUUGCCUUUGCUUUCCUUGUGUAUCGCCACCAGAUUAUUAAUGUUUAUAAUCAAGAGUACGAAAGUGCUGGUGCCUUUUGGCCACAUGUUCAUGGACGUAUAAUCGCAAGCUUGUUGAUUGCUCAACUACUUCUGCUUGGUUUGCUUAGCACAAAGAAAGCAGCUAAUUCAACUCCUUUGCUUAUUAUUUUACCUAUACUUACAAUAUGGUUCCAUAAGUACUGCAAGAGUCGAUUUGAACCUGCUUUUAGAAAAUAUCCUUUAGAGGAAGCGAUGGAAAAGGACAUACUGGAAAAGGCUUCUGAACCUAACUUGAACCUGAAAGCUUACUUAGCUGAUGCAUACUUGCACCCGAUCUUUCAUUCAUUCGUUGAUGAUGAUGAUGAGGAGGAGAAGAUAGAAGUCCGAGUAGACAAAGGCCGGUCUCAUAUUCCCUCGCCUACGCGGAGCGAGAUCAGUUCCGAGUCUCCACCUCGUUAUGUAUACCACUAUGAAUUUGAACCAUAACAAGCAGGUGUGCCUGCACUCUGUAAUCAGCUUCUUGUAGGGAUCAUCAAGUUUGAGUUUGUCCACCAUCAUAGAUGUUUUAGCUUCGAUCUUUUUAGCCCACUGGUCCUUGAUGCAAAUGUAAGCGUCCUAUGGUUCUUUUUUAUGUUCCAAUGUGCAACAUAUCUUUUCUUGUAAUCUCAAAAUAGCUUUUGGAUUUUAAUUAUGUUUCAUUUCCGGGUGGAGUCGCCUUGUUUCA